AUCUUCCGAAAUGUAAUACAUCCUAUUGACGCUAGAUAGAGCUACGAUCUCAUUUUUCGAUCGUAACACCAUCUAGUGAUCGAUUUCUUAACCACUACUUCUAAUCGAUUACUUCUAAUCGAUUACUUCUAAUCGAUUACUCGAAAGGUUAUUAACCUCGAUUAAUACUACGAUUAUAUGAUCCGCAUGUGUACGUUGAUCCAUCAUUUUUAUGAUUAUAUCAAAGUCCAACAUUGGCGUUUUUCUCAUGCAUCUCAAUAAUAUCGGUGAAUUUAACCUGGAAUGAUACGAGCGAAGAUGAGACAGAUCUACAAACUCCAAUGUUCCUUAGGAAAGCAUCCAAAUGUAGUCGUGGUACACCAGGCACACCAUCUUCUAUUUCAAGCUCCAUUAUAUUUGGUCCAAUUCCGGAUGAAGUUCUUCGUGUUUGGAGUCAAUUACCUGAAGCAAUUCGUUUAGAUCCUAGUUUAGCAAUUUUUCAAAAAGAAUAUGAUAGGAUUCAUCAAACCGACAGAAGAUACUCCGAUACAAAGAGAGAUUGUUUAGUAGUAAAUAUGUCUCUUGGCACGCAACUAGCACCACCCGUAAGAACACACCAAAAUAUUGGCGAAGACGAUACGAUACAAGAUAUACAUGACCAAGAACAAGUUCAUGAAAAACAAAGACCAUUUUAUCGUUAUUGCAAGUUAAUAGCUCUCACUUGUUGUUGGCUGAUAUUUACUGUGAUAUUAAUGAUCAAGACCGAAAAAGUGGAAAAAAUGCAUCAGAUUUCCAUUUCCAGCAAUGAAAUACGACAUUACAUAUUGCAAGGUUCGAUUGAAAGUAAAAGGCUCAGUAUUACGGUAGAAGGUUCAUUAUUGCCUCCACUUAAACAAGAUCUUAACUUAAAUUUAUCAAGUCAUCAUUUAAAAAUAUGGUUAAGUUUAUUAAUCAAUGAAUAUAAUGAUUCAAAUACUAGUCUGUAUGAAUAUAAUGUGCAUUCAAAGAAUAUAAGCAAUUAUUGGAUUUUACCUGUACUUCCAGAAAAUUUAAUGGAUUUAUUUCCCGAUCAAAAACAUCAAAAAGUCUUUGAAUUGGAUAACGUCGAUGAAAAAUUGACAGAAAAUAUAAUAUCUAUAAAUUUAUGCACGGAUUUAGAACAUAGCUUUCCACUUUCAAUUGCUUAUGAUUUAUCCUCGAUAAAUACAGAUGAUGGUAUACCAUAUGCUGCAGUUGUUUUAUUUGGUCUAUAUGUAUUAAUUGUAUUUGAGAUUGUCCACAGAGCUUUGGCUGCAAUGCUAGCAUCAACUAUGUCUGUGGCAAUAUUAGCUGCAUUUAAUGAGAGACCAAAUAUGGCAGAAUUAAUUUCAUGGAUUGACAUAGAUACGUUACUGUUAUUAUUUUCCAUGAUGGUUCUUGUUGCUAUUGUGGCAGAAACAGGAAUAUUCGAUUGGUUAGCUGUUUACGCUUACAGGAUAACUGGAGGUAAAUUAUGGCCAUUAGUGAAUACUUUAUGUUUCUUUACCACAUUUAUCUCAUCAUUUUUGGAUAAUGUUACAACAGUACUAUUAAUGACUCCAGUUACCAUUAGACUCUGUGAAGUAAUGGAAUUAAAUCCUGUACCUAUAUUAACAGCAAUGGUAGUUUAUUCCAAUAUAGGUGGUGCCAUUACACCAGUAGGUGAUCCACCAAAUGUUAUCAUUGCCUCUAAUCGUGAUGUUAUUGACGCUGGAGUAGAUUUUAGUACAUUUACAUUGCAUAUGAGCAUUGGUGUAAUGCUAGUAUUGAUUGUCGUAUAUGCUCAAAUGCGUUUCAUUUUUCGUGAUAAGGCAGUUUUAAGUUUUGAUGAACCGCGAGAGGUACAGGAACUGAGACAUGAGAUAGCAAUCUGGCAAAGAGCUGCAGCAAGUCUGUCAAGUUAUAGUAAAGAUGAAAAUUUAGUAAGAGAAACCCUGUUAAAGAAAGUACAACGCUUACUUUCACAACUUAAAAAAAAACUAGUGACUGGUAGCGUUGCUUUUGAAAAAUAUAAAACUACGCUCGAAGAACUAGAAGAAAAAUAUCCCAUAAGAGACAAGUGGUUGCUAGUAAAAUCAGGAUUUACAUUAGUGUUUGUUAUUACAUUAUUCUUCCUUCAUAGUGUACCUGGGAUGAAUUUAUCAUUAGGCUGGACCGCAUUACUAGGUGUACUUUUAUUACUAAUAUUAGCAGAUAGCGAAGAUUUGGAUGGACUAAUGGCUAGAGUCGAAUGGAGCACUUUGUUAUUCUUUGCAUCAUUGUUUAUACUUAUGGAAGCCUUAUCUCGUUUGGGUCUUAUUGCUUGGAUAGGAAAGCAAACCGAAAGAAUUAUUUUAUCUGUUAAUGAAGAAUCCCGUUUGGCUGUAGCUAUACUUUUAAUCUUGUGGGUAUCGGCAUUUGCAAGCGCAUUCGUUGAUAAUGUACCUUUGAGCACAAUGAUGGUAAGAAUAGCAAUAAAUUUAGCUAAAAAUCAUGAACUUAGAUUACCUUUGCAACCUUUAAUUUGGGCAUUAGCUUUUGGCGCUUGCAUGGGAGGAAAUGGAACUUUAAUUGGAGCUACUGCAAAUGUUGUUUGUGCAGGAGUAGCAGAACAACACGGAUAUAAAUUCACUUUUAUUCAAUUUUUAAAAGUUGGCUUCCCCGUGAUGAUUACAAGCACUAUGACAGUAACUAUGUACUUGAUGAUUUCUCAUGUUAUUUUUGCU